AUGGAUGCCAAAAAUGAAAGAAUAGAUCAAUGGACUUCCCAUGGAAUAAUUGAUAAUGAGAAAUUAGUUUGUCAAUACAUGACAACAGAUACACACAAGGGUGUGUUUUAUGGAGAAAAUCCCCUCAAAGAAACCAAAUCUAUUCUAGCAUUUCAGAUUAUUGUUAUGUUUGCUCUUAGUAGAAUUACUCAUUUCUUGUUAAGUCCUUGUCAUCAAACUCUCAUUGUUGCACAAAUUGUGGCUGGUAUCAUAGUGGGUCCAUUAUUUUUGGGUCGAGACAACACAAGUUUUGAGAUGUUAUUUCCAACAGCAAGCAUAAUGAUACUUUCAACAUUUGCAGAAUUUGGAAUGAUAAUUUAUUUCUUUAAGAUGGGGGUGCAAAUAAACUCUAAACAGAUUUUUAUGGUUGAGAAGCGUGCAGUAAUAAUUGGAAUAUCAGGCCACUUAUCUUCUAUGGUACUUGGCAUUAUAGCACUAAGACUUGUUGAAAGAUUCACCCCUUUAGGAUCUGAAAAACUUAGUAUGGUAAAUUUGGCAAUUUUUGGUUCAUUAACCUCAUUUUCAGUUAUUAGUAGUUUCCUAAGUGAGAUGAACAUUUUAAAUUCAGAGAUUGGGAGAAUGGCAUUAUCAACAUCCAUAGUUAGUGAUGCAUGUAUGUGGGUAGUUUAUUUUAUAGUAAUCAAUGGAACUUUAGCCUUGGAACGUAAAUCAUAUAAAUUUCUUCUAGAAAUGUCUAUGACAAUUGGUUAUUUCGCCGUCUUAUAUUUUUUGUUAAGGCCAUUAGUUAUAUGGAUCUCGAACCGCAAUCCAAAGGGAAAGUCGAUGACGGAAAGCCAUUUCUUGAUGAUAAUUGGUAUACUUUUGAUAGUUGGACUCUCCGCACAAAUUGCGGGACAAUCUUCUUUUAUCAUUGCGUUUUGGUUUGGUUUGUUUUUGCCGGAUGGUCCUCCUUUAGGUUCUAUUUUGAGUGAAAGACUUGGUACUAUUGGUUCUACUUUGACUGUUCCAGCUUAUUGUACUAUUAGUGGGUUGAGGACAAAAGUUCCUAAUUUAGUAGGGCCAAAAAUAGCAUUCAUGGAGGUUAUCAUAAUUGCUGGGUAUAUAGGAAAAUUUGUUGGAACCAUUAUACCAUCACUUUACUUUCAUAUUGAAUUUUGGGAUUCCUUUGCUUUGGCUACAAUCAUGUGUUGCAAAGGCCUCAUUGAUCUCAGUUUGUACAACAUAUUAUUGAACAGUAAGCAAAUAGGUGAACUUCCAUUCACUCUCAUGGUAUAUACAAUGGUGGCCAUAACAGGAUUGACAACUAUAGCUGUUCAUUACAUAUAUGAUCCAUCAAGGAGGUACAAAACCUACAUGAGAAAAACAGUUAAAGACUCUCAAAAAGAUUUUGAUCUCAAAAUACUUGUAUGCAUCCAAGAUGAAGCAAAUGUACAUCCAAUGAUAAACCUCCUUCAAGUUACAAAUCCAACAAACACAACACCUCUCUCAGUCUUUGUUUUGCAUCUCAUGGAAUUAUCUGGUAGAGCAGCCUCAAUCCUUACCAAAAAUGAGAGUACUAAAUUUAAAUCAAGAUCUUUUAAGGAGAAUUCAAGUCAACACAUAAGCAAUGUGUUUAAUCAAUUUCUAUUGCAUAACCAAGGAUGUGUCACAUUACAACUUUUUACAGCAAUUGCACCAUAUGCUAGCAUGCAUGACGAUAUAUGCUACAUGGCAAUGGACACAAAAUCGAACAUUUUAAUCGUGCCAUUUCAUAAGCAAUGGUCGAUGAAUGGAAACAUUGAAGCUUCUAAUGGUUCGGUUAGGUUAGUGAACCAAAAAUUACUAAACAAAGCGCCUUGUUCGACCGGUGUCUUAAUCGAUCGAAGCCAAAUGAGCGGAAAAUUAUUGGUUAUUCAUGAAAAGUGCUUUUGUGAAAUUGCUAUGCUAUUUUUAGGUGGUGCAGAUGAUCAAGAAGCGAUGGCUUACGCUAUGCGUAUCGCGGAACAUCCUAAUGUAAAACUCACCGUGAUUUGGGUACGGUACAUGAUGCAACAAAAACAAUUUAACAUAAAAAAUCCUUACAUUGAUUUGAUGGAACAUGUAAGGUAUACUAGUAACCUUAAAGAAAAGGUGUUUUUUAAGGAGGAGAUUGUGGAAGAUGGGGCAGGAACAACACAAGUUAUUCGUAGGAUGGAAGGAAGGUUUAGUUUGGUUAUAGUUGGUAGACAUCAUAUAGCAAAUUCUCCAUGUAUUAUGGGCUUGACAGAAUGGUGUGAACUUCCUGAGCUUGGUCCAGUUGGGAACCUAUUAGCCACAUCAGAUUUUACAUUUUCUGUUUUAGUUGUGCAACAACAACCCUAUAAUAAUGAAUUUUGGUAUUGUAGGUGA